CUUACUUAUAGUCCCCUGGCGAGGCUGACACGGCGCAAUGGUUACUCGACUCUACGAAGAGCUCCGCGAUUUUUGGAAAAACUCAGGGAACUCGGAAACAAUGCCACUGAGGAAUAGUUGUGCAUUGUGUCCACUUAAAAUCCUCAAUUGUAAUGGCACAGGAGACUGGUCCUUUAGUGAUGCAACAUUAGAAUUUACUACACGAGAUGGCUGUUUGCUGGAACAGUGGUUUUUGAGUGGUAUUAAUUGGGUCACUGCAGCGCUAUCACACCGAGGGAAAAAUGAAAUGAACCAUGUUCAAAAAAAGGCAUUUGAUAGUCUUCUGAAAUAUGUUGGUGAUAUAGAUAAACACCAGAAAUGUCUUUCGAUUUUAUGGAAUCGUAAAAUCAAAACAGAAUCUGAGAUUGUUGGAAUAUUAGCACAUCAUUUAUUUGGACCUCUUGUGGAUGGAGUUAAUAUAAUUGAAGGCAAAUCUAGGAAAUCGUUUUGUUGUAAAGCAGAUUUAAAAGUUGGAAAUACAUCAUUUGGCAACAAAGCAGUUUGGCAUGGAAAUGCAGAUAUUGUGGUUAGACAUAGUAUUGUGGAAGUUAAUACAACAGAAGAAGAUACUGGUGCAUGUGGUGAUGAAACGUACCCGGAGGAGAAAGACCUGGCAGAAUGGAGUGGUGAACUAGGACAAAUGAGCUUAAAUGAAAGUGAUUUGGAGGGGCAUGAAGAUAAGUGCUCCACGUCAGUUUUAGGGCAUGGUUGGUCAAGCAUUAUUGAGGUCAAGCUUCAAACAGCACCAAAGAAAAAAAUGCCGUCUCAAGUUCUUGCUCAGACAAUAGUCAAUGCAUUCUGUAAUGCUAAAAAGAACAAUUCUUUAUCAAAUUUAUUCAUUCCAUCAUUUUUAGUAACAGGAUCAGAAGUUUCCUUUCAUAUGUACAAUUGUGAUCAGGACAAAUUGCUGACUAGUGAACCGCAAAUUUUAUGCAGAGAAGAUGAUGUAGAUGUAUAUAAAUUAAAUAUUAAUACUAUUUUAUACAUUUGGAUAGCAUUGCAUUUUGACAUAUUUGACUCAAAAGUUGAAGAGAAAUUACAGGAAAAUUUUCCCUGUUCCAACUUCAAAGCCAUUGUGGGUAGUAAAUAUCAAAUAUAUAAAGAAAAAAUGACACGCCCUUUGCAUAUUUUUGAUAACAUGACAGUACAAUCUAAACAAUUUACGAUAGACCCAUUCUUAAUAGUGCCAAGCCGAUUUGUUGAGGAAUAUAAGGAGCUUACAAAGGUUUUAGUAGCUCAAUUCGAAAGUGAUGGUGAUUAAAUUCUAGAUAGGGAGAUGCAGUUACAAAUCAUACCGGGUUUACAUUUUCCACUUACAGAGCACAUAAAUUUGCCAAGGUCUAAUUCCUCAGUGAAGUACGUUUUUAACUAGAAAUUCACCAAUGUUUGAUCACAACAGUCCUUAGAUGAGUUUAUUUCAUUAUUAUGAAAUAAUGACAUACUAGUAAUUAAAAUUAUGUCUUGUGAUCUGCGUCCAAUCCGAGAUUACCACCGGCAGGGAAGAUACUUUUACAUAGGUGUCUUAAUUGAACUGUCGAAGAGCCAUGCUCCAAGUGAGCGAUAAAGGCUCUCGUGAGACUCUUGUUCAAAACUGUCAAGUAUUCAAUACUGAAUGCUUGCGUGAACAACGUGCAUGAUGUUGGUUUUUUUAUUGUUUUUUUUACUGAUCGCAGAUUCAGCGAAAAUGUCCAUGUUUAAAGUAUGCCACGCCACUAAGUGGCAUUUCGUUCAAACAUAUUCAGUAACUAGACGUCCUUUCGAAAGUUCUUUGCCUGGAAAAGAAUUUCUUCAUUUUCAAAUUUCUUCGUCCUUCAUUUCAUCAAAAUCUUUCAAUGUCGGUUAUUUUAUAUGUUUUUGAGUCUUUUUUCUGUUGUAGAGUAGAAAAUGAAGAAAACAUAUUCAAAGCUAUACAAUUUGAUAAUAUACAAAAGUUUUAAAAUAUAUUGCAUCAAGGUAUAUGUGUCAAAAGUGCUGUUUACUUGAUUGUCUGCUUUUCUUAUUAUAUACAAUCUUUGAUGCAGGAGUAAGCUUCUCCCUUUUGUUGUGAUAAUAAACCAAAUGAUAAAAUUCGGUUCGAGAAUAUCUAUAUAUUUGUAGUGCAAUGUUAACUUUGUCAACACAUGCAAAAUAUACGCCUUCUGUUUUAUUUGUAUAAUUGG